AUGUGUUUAAGAACUCUGUCAUCUUAUGAUCUUGAAUUUAAAUUAUCCUACUGUCCUACUUUUGCUAAAGUAUCAACCAAGUUAAAGCCCAAUAUUGAAUUGAAACUAAAGGAUAACUCCGAUGCAAAAUCCAGCCGUGAUUUUAUUGUGGUUGUUGCCUUAGAAAGUGCUUCCUCAGAUGAUAAUUCUCCAAAGAGUCUUUCUAAUGCUUUAGAAGGUGUUACUGUUGAACCCGGUAAGUAUGUUACCGGUCAAAACACCUAUAAUUUCACUUUUAAAAACUUAUUAAUUAAUGAAACUGGUGUUUAUAAGUUAAUUUUUGAACUAAAUGAAUUUUGUCCUUUUUGUUUUUCAGAUGGAGAGAAAUUCCGAAACCUAUCAAGAAUUAAAAGCAAUCCAAUUGAUAUAAAUAUUGCUUCUGCUUCUGCUCCUCGUUCUAAAUUCAAAUUCAAAUCCAAAUCUCCUAAAUCUACUCGUAAAUCUGCUCCUAAAUAUACCUCUGAAUCUACUUCUGCUUCUAUUUUCUCUGAUUCUGCUUUGAAUUGUGCUUCUGAAUAUACUUUAAGCGUAACUCCUAAAAUUGAUUCUAAUACUAACAAUAAUAUUGAUAUUCCUUCUAAUCGGUUCUCAACCUUUAACAAUUCUUAUGAUGAUGAUUUUUAUCUGAAUAAUUAUCAAUUUGAUUCAUCUUUUCUUGAAAAUUUCAACUAUCUCAUUAAUAUCAACUCUCUGUCAAAUGAGAGUAAUGAUGGUUUAGUUGUUUUAAAUGAAAACAAUCGCUUUUUCUCAUGGUUUAUAUAA